GCUGCGCGCAACCAAGCUGGUCGCGGAAGUGACGGCAAGGCGGCGAUGGCGGCUCGCAGUUUCAUUCCGGAUUUCCACUGGACUACAAACUGAUUUUAACCGGCCCGGUUAGACUUUGGGGAACUUUUGCAACACUGUCUCCAUUCGGAAGCCGCACAGACUCAAGUCGCGUUGAAGUGGUGCCUGUCAAGAAAGGACCCCACAGCUUUUUUGUGGUCUAUUUUUCUCCAAGGUUCAAGGUGGUCACCCUGUCGAGCUAGCGGUAGCUCGGUGGCUACGAGCUAACGGUAGUUGGUAUACAUACAGCUAGCUCCUGAGCUAGCUUGUCAACGAGCUGCGUGCUAAGGUCCACACAGCAGCAGUCGUUGUUCUCCGGCUUUUUCUUCGACCACCUCAUCGUUUGCUUGUCACCGUUACAAUGCGAAGUUACCCUGUUUGAUGCUAAUUGUGCCGCAAUUGUGCAGAGCGAGGUACUCACACGUUUGCUUGGCCUCUCCAAUAAUUAAGAGUUGCUAGUUUGGCGGCUGUGGCUAAACACCAGAAUUUUGACUCUGUGGUAAGCAAGUCCUUUCAGUAAUUACCCCUUCCCGGCAACUUGGGUGAAAACCGCGUUGCCUAGUUAUUAACAUGCUGAAGACCCGGCAGUGUUUACUUGGCAUCCGCACUUUUCUCGGCGUUACGUCCAGAAUAUGGGGCUUCAUCAUGUACAUCCUCAGGAAGCACCUACGAACGAUAAUCCAGUAUCAGACGGUGCGAUACGACACUUUGCCCCUGUCCCCCAUCUCCAGAAACAGGCUCAAUGCAGUAAAGAGGAAGAUUCUGGUUCUGGACCUAGAUGAGACCCUGAUCCACUCUCAUCAUGACGGCGUCCUGAGGCCCACAGUGAGACCUGGCACACCGCCGGACUUCAUCCUCAAAGUCGUCAUUGAUAAGCACCCAGUCAGGUUCUUCGUACAUAAAAGGCCACAUGUUGACUUCUUUUUAGAAGUGGUGAGCCAGUGGUAUGAGCUAGUGGUUUUCACAGCCAGUAUGGAGAUCUACGGCUCAGCAGUGGCAGACAAACUGGAUAACAACAGGAACAUUCUGAAACGAAGAUACUACAGACAGCACUGUACAUUGGAUCUAGGUAGUUAUAUUAAAGACUUGUCUGUAGUACACGAUGACCUGUCUAGUAUUGUUAUCCUGGACAACUCGCCUGGUGCUUAUCGAAGCCAUCCAGACAAUGCAAUACCCAUCAAGUCCUGGUUCAGCGACCCUAGUGACACAGCACUUCUUAACUUGCUGCCUAUGCUGGAUGCACUAAGGUUCACUGCUGAUGUCCGCUCCGUCCUCAGUCGAAACCUCCACCAGCACCGGCUCUGGUGAUUGGCUGAAUUGAGAGGGAUCGGGCUUGUUGACCAGCCUCUUCUCUCUGCUGGCUUCCACCCUGCCCUCCAUUCCCACGUAGACGACCCACCAGCCCUCUCCAAGCCCCUCCUGAGGUGACCGCCUCACACAGGAUGAACAGUAUGGGAUCAACAGAACCCACGAACUACUGGGGAGGGAGGGGGAGCCAGCUUUUUUUUUUUUUUUUUUUUUUUUUCUUUGUUUUUUUUUUUUUAUUUUUUUUUUUUUUUCCCCUUCUCCAAAACAAAGAGGAGCCUCUCUGCCUUAUCGCUCCUGAUACUGACUGUGUGUGUAUGGAGUCGGAGUACGCUUGCUGAGUUCAUUAGUCCUUUUUAAAAAAAUUUGAAGAUAAAGUUGGGAGAUCGAGGAGGAUCGGCGAUGCAACAAAGACUUCUUUUUUUUUUUUCUCUCUCUCUUCUUCGUCAUCACAACACAACAUACUGCACUUCAGCAAACUCAUCAGUUUACUGUCUUAACCUCUUGGAGCAACUGAGUAGGGCAAAAUAGAAAACCCCCCCCCCAUUUUUUUUUUUUUUUGUUUUUUAGGAUCACCAUCAUACCCCAAGCGGCGAGUCAUCAAUUCCCAAGGUACUUUCUAUUUUUUUUCUCCCCCAGCAAGAUUGGAUCAAUUUAAAUGAUGUAACUGAUGGACCCUUGCUUGCAACAUACCACCCACAGGCAUUUUUUUUCUGGACAAAUAGCCAAGAAGUCGAAGUUUCUUUUCUUUGUUUUUUUUUUUUUUUCUCUUUUUCUUUUUCCCUCAGCCAUAACCAACAACUGUUUCCCCCAAACUUCUUCAUGGGACUCUGAUAAACACUUUAAAGUUGUGAGGAAAAAAAAAAGAAAAGAAUGGCUUGUAAUGAUACACGGACUGCCGUUCCGCCUUUCCAUAUCUGAUUGUUUCUCUGUUACCAUGAUAUCUGCUAAUAUGACUUCUGAAUACCACAACAAUUUCUUCGCCUCAUUUUUAAAAAACUAUUUGAUGCCAUCCUGGUUUCAUUUAAUAAGAAUUGCACUUAAUCUCCUGUUUUUUGUUUUUUUUUUUUGGUUUUUUUUGUUUUGUUUUUUUUUUGCAGUUUGUUUGUUAGUUGAUUCAAACUUGCAGCCUUCCCACCCCUUUGCAUUUUUUUUUAUUUUAUUAUUUUAUUUUUUUACCCAUUCCCCUUUUUAUUGUAUCGGUUCAACUAUUAGACGCUCCAUCUUUAAAUGCCUUCUGAACAAUGUCAGUCUUGUCAAGGCUCACAGCGGCUUCUUAUUGGCUCUGUCUCCAGGUCUGUGUUACUAAUAAAACACUUGUCAGUAUCGACCAGUUACAAUUCAGCUUGUUUUCUUUUACUGCGAGUAACACCCUUCAUGUUUGAGCCCUAACAUUUUGCAGCUCUAACUUCACUGGAGUUCAGUUUCUGUGAGAGGAACACUUUGAUUAAUCAUCUGCUGCCACCAUGUGGUGUAACGGGGAACUGCACUGAUCUCAGACUAACUUUGUUUUGAUAAAGGCUUUUUCAAACUGGAAUAACCUUUGUCCCCAAAGCUCUAGACAAUGGGUUUCUGUCCCAUCUUUGUUGUUUAUUUUAUCGACAGCUUGAACUUGAGACAAAAAACAGAAGCUGUUCUUGUUCAUGUAAGCUGUGCGUUUAAGCACUGCUGCAGGCCAUAAUCGCUUCUAAGUUUCUAUGUGUACGUUUAUUUGUUUUAAUUGUGAAGAAAAGUGUAAUUUUAAGACAGAGUAUGCAAAUUAGUUUUCUCGUUUCUAUUUUUAUACGCAUCUCUACUUGAUGAUAAAACAUCCUCACAUGAAGUCCGUUUGGGAGAACUGCUGACCAUCUCAAUCAUGUUGCAUAAUCUUAAUCAGCAGGUAGUGUUUUGUACUGUUUUGUGACUGUUUUGCAAAUGAAUGACUGUCAGUGAAAAGUAUCGACGUUUUUCUUACUGUUAGUGUAUCAAGCAUGCAGUGCAAUAGUCCUCUAAGACCUGAUUUGGUUGCACAUCUGCUAGCCAGCCAUAGCUGUGCGUGUGAUGAUGUGUGAAUGUUUUUUGUCCCAAGCUGAAGACUUCAGAAUGUGAUUUCUAAUCACGGUAUAAGGCUGAUACAGUAUAUGCUUUGGUUUGCUAACACCUGCCUCUCACUGAUGAUUUAAAGGCUGAAACGCAGAAAGAGGUAAAUAUGAUUUUGCCUUUUUUUUUUUUUCUUUCUUUUUUUGGACCACAGCUUCCUUCCAGCCACCUUAUUAAAGGAAACCUAUUACGCUCUUAGACUGAGUUUAUCCUCUCAAACAAGUAGUUUAAGCUUCCUUCCACCUUCCCUCUAAGCCAAAAGUCUUCUGAUUAGCUGCCCCUGCUAAACUGGGGCAAACAGGCAGGUGGGAGAAAGGCAAUAUAAGUGAUUUUGACCCUUUAAGCAGAUGGGUUACAGCAGUGCGUUCCAUUCCUGUCAGGAAACAGACUACAGUUUGCACAGGCUCACAAAAAUAAAUGUUGCCUGGUCUGAUAAAUUUCUGCUGCAGCAUUCAGAUGGUAGACCCAGAAUUUGACCCUGCCAUCCGCAUGAAAACAUGGUUCCAUUCUUCCUUAUAUUCACAGUUGAGACUGCUAGUGGUGGUGUGAUGCUGUGGAAAAUAUUAUCUUGGUUCACUUUGGGCCCCUUAGUAUCAUGUGAGCAUCAUUUAAACACCACUACCUGAUGAUUGUUGCUGAGCACGUCCAUCUCUUGAGUAGUGCACGCAUCUUCUGAUGGCUGCUUCCAGCAGGAUAACACCCCAUGUCACAAAUGAUAUCAAAGUGGUUUCUCGAAGAUAAGUUUGCUUUAGUUUAAUGACCUCCACAGUCACAGUGUCGCAGUCCAAUAAGCACACUUGGGAUGUGGUGAAGUAGGAGACUCACAUCAUGGAUGAGCAAAUCUGCAGCAACUGUAAUGCUGUGUGAUCACGUCAACGUGGACCAAAAUCUUUGAGGAAUUUUUUCCAACAACUUGUUGAAUCUGUGCCACAGAGAAUUGAGACGUCUAAUAAAGUGAUGAGUGAUAGAAAAUUAGGAAAACCGAAAUAGAUGCCCCUUUAAAUCUGCCUUGCUUUCAUCCACCUUGCAAAUCGAGCGGAUUUCUUUGCGAGCUCACUCCAAGAAGAGUCUAUCAUGUUAUCAUUGAUCAAUCUCACAUCCCUGUUCUCUGUUCACCGUUUCGGUGGGGGGAGGGGAGGAGGAGUUGGCUGUCUGGUUGGGGUCUGGGAUGCAGGGCCUCCCUGCUGCUGCAAGACCGGGGGUGUUGUGCUUGUCUCCACCCCAGAGCAAAGGGCAACAUCUCCUGGGUCUUGGGGCAGAUUGCCCCUCUGGGGGUGAUAGUACCUGGACCUGGAGGGUGUGAGUGUGUGUACAGCCAAAAAGAAAAGAAGAGAAUAUUAUGUAAUAUAAUAAUAUAUAAUGUAGAUCAGUCAGCGUUUGACAUCAGCUGAGUAUACACUUUAAUUUUUAAAGUUCCUGCUGUGAAAGAGCCAUGAGACUGAAAUCUAGAACACUAAGGGGAAAAAAUACAACCCCAAAAAAUGUAUAACAAAGAAAACAAAAGACAAUAUUAUCUAAAAUUAUCAGGCAACGUUCUGGUCUGAAGCAGGAGAGGGUUGUUUCUCUAACAAAAAUAUGUGCAGUACUUUUUAGAUCUAAGCAAUCUGUGUCAUCACUGUGCACAAAAGGAGAUCAUGAGGUUUUGAACCACAGUGAUGUCACAUGGAUGUGACUCACAGACUUGUGGGUCAUAUGCGCAAUAGGCAGGUGAGUGUUUCAGGAUGUAUGAGUGGCAGCUUUGGAGGCACAGUUUGUUUACCAAAUGUGUUCAUGACAAAAUAUUAAACUUUUUUUUUAAUAUAAAUUAUGAAUAAAAUAACCCAGUAAAUUCCCAGAGUUACACAAAGUUAUCCUAAAACCAGCAUUUAGCAACAAUUUGCGUAAAUGAUAAAACUCCUGGUUAUUUGCUUCUUUCGUCUGUUAUGGUGUAAUGAGUCGUAAACCCCGAGUAAUUAGAGGAAACUUAGUAGGCACUGUGUUCACCAUUAAAUACGCAGUAACUUGUGCUUACAUACAAUAAUCCAACAUGCUGCAGAAAUGUGAAUAAACGUGUUUGGUUCAGGGUUUAUCACCGGGUAUCAGCGAAAGCUCCAGCACAAUGAAAUGUCGCAUGUUUUUCGGUUUCUCCUCCCAAACCACAAACUGCUGGGCCUCGGUCAUAUGACAAGGACAGAUCCCUCCUCAGUGCCCUGCCCCGCGUCUUUAUGCGCAGCGGCUGAUAAAAAAUAAAAUAGUUCCACGUAAAAGAAAAGAAAAAGACAGAAAGGCAACAUUGAUUCGUAAGCUCUUCGUAUACUGUUUAUUUCAAGAUUAUUAUUAUUUUCUUCUUGAAUACGCGUCGAUUAUCAUCACACAGUCGACGUUAAUGGGGUUUAAAACAAGGUGAGGUACGCCCCUGCGAACUACCCAUUUCCUCUACGUCAUGUUGUUAUUGUAUCCCUCCGCUGCAGUCGCACUAGGAAAACAGCUGUGGCGAGGCUAAGGCUAGCUAGCAUCGUUUGUGUUUGUGUGUCCGCGAUUCGAGUCAGUUCUUAAGCAACCCGUACCACCGCUGAGUGACCGACUUGUUGUCUGUCAUCUCUUUUAAAGAUGAAGUUUCAGUACAAA